AUGAGUACAGAAAUAACAACACCGAUUACUCAAACAGAAUAUACAAAAGAGAAGAAAGUUGGUGAAGGUACAUAUGCUGUUGUUUAUCUUGGAACAAAGCAAUCAACGGGACGUCAAAUAGCUGUGAAGGAGAUUAAAACCUCGGAAUUCAAAGAUGGCCUAGAUAUGUCAGCUAUUAGGGAAGUGAAAUACCUACAAGAGAUACAGCAUGAUAAUGUCAUUGAACUGGUGGAUAUAUUUAUGGCAUAUGACAAUCUGAAUUUGGUGCUAGAAUUUUUGCCAUCUGAUUUGGAAGUGAUCAUCAAGGACAGAUCUAUAUUAUUUACUCCUGCAGAUAUUAAAUCUUGGAUGUUGAUGACUUUAAGAGGUGUUCACCAUUGUCAUAGGAAUUUCAUUCUCCAUAGAGAUUUAAAACCUAACAAUUUAUUGCUAUCACCAGAUGGUGUUAUUAAAGUGGCGGAUUUUGGUCUUGCCAGGGCCGUUCCCUCACCACACGAGAUGCUAACAAGUAAUGUGGUGACACGAUGGUACAGAGCCCCCGAGUUGUUAUUCGGUGCUAAACAUUAUACUUCUGCCAUUGAUAUUUGGUCAGUGGGUGUCAUAUUUGCCGAAUUAAUGUUGAGAAUUCCUUAUCUACCAGGUCAAAAUGAUAUCGAUCAAAUGGAAGUUACAUUCAGGGCUCUAGGGACCCCAACAGAUAAGGAAUGGCCUGAAGUUUCCAGUUUUGGAAGUUAUAACAAAUUACAGAUAUAUCCACCACCUUCAAUAGAUGAACUGAGGAAAAGGUUUAUCGCUGCAAGUGAAAACGCCUUAAAUUUUAUGUGUGGAAUGCUUACGAUGAAUCCCAAGAAGAGAUGGAAUGCCAUCGAAUGUUUGGAAUCCGAGUAUUUUAAAGAAAUGCCGCCACCUAGUGACCCAUCAGAGAUAAAGAUCAAAUAG